AGAAACUUUUAGAAAGGUUCAACUUGCUAUUACAAGAGAAAAAAAGAGAGAAAUAUGGAUUCAAAUGAAAUGGGAUUUUGUGUUCCUGGUUUUUUUAAUACUGGUAGUCCGUACAGAAAUGUGUUGAAUUAUAUGGGUCAUGCAGUUCAUGUUAGUAAAGCUGUUACAGGGGAAAUUAUCUACUGGAACCGAUCUGCUGAAAUACUUUAUGGUUAUAAAGAGCAUGAAGUACUUGGACAGAUUACCACUGAAUUUCUUAUCUGUGAAGAAUAUCAUCAACUGGCUAGGAUUGCCAGGGAAAGAUUGAGCUGUGGACAAUCAUGGUCGGGUCUGUUUCCUUGUAAGAAGAGGUCAGGUCAGAUCUUUAAGGCAAUGAUGACGAAAAGCCCGUUGUAUGAAGACGGUGAGCUUUUUGGUAUUAUCACUGUUUCAAACGACGCAGCUUCAUUCAUUAAUGUGAACUCAAAGGAUACAAGUAGUACUCAUGAGGAGGAUAAUGAUCAUCAACCUGGUGCACGAGGAAUAAAUUUCAAAAGGAUUCAAUGGAAUCAACGACCACAAAUCGCAUCAUCUGUUUCGAAUCUGGCCUCGAAAGUUUUCUCACUGAAGCGUGGAGAAGAUGCAUGUGAUACAACAUCUGCAGAUGUGGGGCACAGGGAUGAGGCUGAGUUAGACACCAAAGAAGGGAAAUCACUGAAGCCACCCAGAGCACCUGCGACACGGCUGAGUUUCAGUUUGCUCGGUGGGAAGAAUAGAGCUAAUGCAGAGAGCACUGAGAAGGAUGAAUCUACAUUUGACAUCGCUCAGCCUUCCAAAAUUGCAGCAAAGGUUAUGUCAAAGCUGAAUAUUGCAGGAUUGGGGCACCUUGGUAAAGAGAAGGGUCAGCAUAAUGGGGGCGACGAUACUCCUGUUCGUGAGAAUGUAGCUGAACCACAUUCACCAACAGCACCUGAUUCUACGGAAAAAUGUUGUCACUUUGUUGAUGCACAACCUCGCCUUCAGAGAAACCAGAAAGGAACUUGUUGUGAUCCAGGAAUAAUGUGUGCCCCAACAACUGGUCAUGGUGUUGUAGAGGGUCCUGAAGGACAGCGGCGGAUCCAAAGCUUUAGGAACCCAUAUACUUCAAAUCCUGGAUUUGCCUCUGCCAACUCCAAUGAAUUUUUCGAGGCAGUUGAAGUUCAUGAAGAGAUUCCAGGAACAUUUAUGAAUAAUGAAGAGCUUAAGAGACAGUUUGAGAAUGCAAAAUCGUCAGGGGCGGAAGAUUCACCGCAGCAGCUUUUGGAGCACCACCAAUCACCACAGUCAGUGGGGAGCACUGACAGCCACGGAAAUUCAUCAAACAAAAUUGAGGUGAAUGAGUCGAGCCUGAUAGUAGAUUGUGAAAUUGUAUGGGAAGAUAUUAGCCUAAAGGAGGAAAUUGGACGAGGUUCAUAUGGUGUUGUGUAUCAUGGAAUCUGGAAUGGAUCGGAUGUUGCUGUUAAGGUUUACUUUGCGAAUCAAUGCAGCGAGGAAACAUUGCUCGAUUAUAAAAAGGAGGUUGAAAUAAUGAAAAGACUCAGACAUCCUAACGUGUUGCUAUUCAUGGGGGCCGUAUUUUCUCAAGAGAAACCUGCCAUCGUGACAGAGUUUUUACCCAGGGGAAGUCUUUUCAAAACACUUCAUGGAAAUAGUCAGCCAUUAGACUUCAGACGGCGUCUUAGGAUGGCCCUCGAUGUGGCAAGAGGUAUGAAUUAUUUGCAUCGCCGAAACCCACCUAUUGUACAUAGAGACCUGAAAUCUUCAAACUUGCUUGUUGAUAAAAGUUGGACCGUCAAGGUUGGAGAUUUUGGUCUAUCAAGAUUUAGGGAUGCAACUUUUUUAACAACAAAAUCUGGGCGAGGGACACCCCAGUGGAUGGCUCCUGAAGUACUUCGAAAUGAACCUUCAACAGAAAAAUCUGAUGUCUUUAGUUUCGGAGUGAUCCUAUGGGAGUUAAUGACUGAAUCUAUUCCAUGGAGCAACCUUAAUUCUGUCCAGGUUGUAGGAGUUGUUGGAUUUAUGGAUCGUAGAUUGGAAAUUCCUGAGAAUCUUGAUACUCGAGUUUCUGCAAUUAUCAAUGAUUGUUGGCAAAGCAAUCCAGCACUCCGUCCAUCGUUCGAAGACAUAAUCCAAAGGACGACAGACAUAAUUCUCCCGUUUACAGGAUUGACGGCAGCUAGGAAGAACACAGGGACAUAAUAUCAAACACAAAUCGACAGGAAUCGGGUUACUACUCCAGAUAAUAAUUCAUAGGAAUCCCUAGUGAAUGUGAAUGAGAAAAUACAUAAGGCACGACAGUCUACAGCUUUCUUUCUUUCUCUCUGACAUUUUUUUCUUGUUUUAAAGUUUAGGUUAAUGUUUUCCAUUUACCCGGAUAGUGUAGGUGUUGCUAGAAGCAUUUAUAUGUUGGAAUCCCUAGUCUUUUACAAUAUAGGGAGUAGGCAAGCGGGAAAUUACACUAUGUAGAUAGGUGAACCAUGUUUUUUAUGUAUGUAUACCAUAUGUUGAAUCCACUUUGACUUCUUCAUGUGUUUA